CGGGCCGUCCGUGGUUGCGGCGCCGUAGUCCUCCAGUCCAGCCGCGGCUCGGUGCCGCCCUGUGGCGUGGGCAGCCAUGCAGCCCCCGGGCCCGCUGGGGGACUGCCUUCGCGACUGGGAGGAUCUGCAGCAGGACUUCCAGGGCAUCCAGGAGACGCACCGGCUCUACCGUCUGAAGCUAGAGGAACUGACUAAGCUGCAGAACGGCUGUGCCAGCUCAAUCGCGCGCCAGAAGAAGCGAGUGCAGGAGCUAGGCCUGGCGCUGAAAAAAUGCAGACCCUCCCUCCCGGCAGAGGCUCAGGAAGCAGCGCAGGAGCUGGAAGACCAGAUGAAGGAACGCCAAGGCCUCUUCUUUGACAUGGAGGCCUAUUUGCCCAAGAAGAACGGGUUGUACUUGAGCCUGGUUCUGGGGAAUGUCAACGUGACACUCUUGAGCAAGCAGGCUAAGUUUGCCUACAAAGACGAGUAUGAGAAGUUCAAGCUCUGCCUCACCAUCAUCCUCAUCCUCAUCUCCUUCACCUGCCGCUUCCUGCUCAACUCCAGGGUGACAGAUGCAGCCUUCAACUUCCUACUGGUCUGGUAUUACUGCACGCUGACCAUCCGCGAAAGCAUCCUCAUCAACAACGGCUCCCGGAUCAAAGGCUGGUGGGUUUUCCAUCAUUACGUGUCCACGUUCCUGUCGGGGGUGAUGCUGACGUGGCCUGAUGGUCUCAUGUACCAGAAGUUCAGGAACCAAUUUCUGUCCUUCUCCAUGUACCAGAGUUUUGUACAAUUCCUGCAGUAUUAUUACCAGAGCGGCUGUCUGUACCGCCUGCGUGCCCUGGGGGAGAGACACACCAUGGACCUCACCGUCGAGGGUUUCCAGUCUUGGAUGUGGCGGGGCCUCACCUUCCUGCUUCCUUUCCUCUUCUUUGGACAUUUCUGGCAGCUGUUUAAUGCGCUGACGUUGUUUAGUCUGGCCCGGGACCCUCAGUGCAAGGAGUGGCAGGUGCUCAUGUGUGGCUUCCCUUUCCUCCUCCUCUUCCUGGGCAAUUUCUUCACCACGCUGCGGGUCGUGCACCAGAAGUUUCAUAGCCAGCGGCAUGGAAGCAAGAAAGAAUGAGCUAGACUCACCAGCCGGCCCCAAAGGGGCUCCCACCUGUGUGUGCUGCAUGGAGUGGGAGGCUGGGGCACCCCUGUGUGUGUAUAGAGGGGUCCCUUCUGUGCCUUGUGGGCUCUGUGGGCCCUGAGGAAGGUUUGGGCCUAGACCCCAGUCCGGAGCAGCUGGGCUCUGGGCCUCAAUAAAGGAGGAGAGGCACAGGUA